ACGCGGGGAACCGCCGUGACACCCCUCGCGCCCUCCAGCUGAACACGUCGCUGUUCGGGCUUUUUUUUUGGGGGGUUUUGCCGAUUGUCCGCAGACCUGUACCUCUUUAUAUUUAUUAUUAUUAUUAUUAUUAUCGAAUUUGCGGUGGGUGGGUGUCGCUGACGGGGAGUCUCGGCUGUGGAUGGACCGCGGCCCCGGCUCUGCUCGGCCAGGUGACGGCUGCCAUGGCAACGGGAGCCACAACCCGGCCCGAGGCCGCUGGCAACUGCUGCAGAGGGUGCUCAGGCAGAAGAGUAUCGACAAGGAUAAUCUGCAGCAGGUUUCCGGGCGAAGGUUUGCGUCUUUCAACGUGUUCUCUACGAAUGUGGCUAAGAAGUCGGAGGGAGAUUCAGAUGACGAAAUUUGGGUGGAGUACAAGUGCAUCCCCUAUCCACAGCAUAGAGUCUAUUUAAGACACAGUGUGGGGCCUCUGAAUGUUGAAGAUGUUCUCACCAGUUUUGACAACACAGGAAAUGUCUGUGUCUGGCCUUCAGAAGAGGUUUUAGCUUAUUACUGCGUAAAACACAAUGAUACAUUUAGGGGCCUAGCGGUGUGCGAGCUGGGGGGUGGCAUGACUUGCUUGGCGGGUCUCAUGGUUGCUAUUUCUGCAGAUGUCAAAGAAGUUCUAUUAACUGAUGGGAAUGAAAAAGCCAUCAAAAAUGUUAGCGACAUUAUUGAAAGAAACAAGAAACACGGUCUGUUCAGGGCUGGUUCAGUUUCGAGCUGCGUAAUGCGAUGGGAUAAUGAGAAGGACGUGUCUCUCAUGGAAGGACAUUUUGAUGUCGUUAUCUGUGCGGAUUGCUUGUUUCUGGACCAGUACAGAGCCAGCCUCGUUGAUGCAAUAAAGAGAUUACUAAAACCCAAUGGGAAAGUGCUUGUCUUUGCCCCUCAGAGAGGCAACACUCUGAACCAGUUCUGCAGCCUCGCUGAAAAAGCCAGUUUACAACCCCACAGGCUUGUGAAUUAUGACGACCAUGUUUGGAACAUCCACCUUAAGAUGAAAACCGAGAAAACUGAGCGAUACGAUGAAAACCUCCAUUACCCGAUCCUCCUGACUCUCACGAGGCAACAUGGGAUCGCUGGCCCUUAACCGAGCUGAACACUGUGAACGUACCCUCGCCUUUAGGAUGCUCGCCAGUACAAAAGCACAGUUCCCACCACUUUCUGCUGUUGGGGUGGGUGUCGGUCGGAAGAAAUAGCUCUGUAGUCAAGAAGCGGGAGAAUAUCAUGAGAGUAAAGACACUGUCACCCAUCUCCCCGCUCACUUGUCACCUCACCAUUGCCUUGUCCCUCGCCAUCACUCUCACUCACCAUCUCCAACCUGCCCUCACUCUCAGCAUCAAUCACCUCCUCACUAAUCAUCACCCCCCCCCCACCACUGACUACCUCCUCCCUGAAUUAUCAUCCGACUUCCUCCCUGUCCCAAGAUACCAUCACCUCACUCACGGCCCACUACGCUGUACACUCUCCAUCACACACACACACACAUAUAUACACCUCUACUUACUGCCUCCAUCCCAGCUUCAGGGAGCUUGCCUAGAAUAAUUAACCUCACCCCGAGAUGAAGUGGUCUGGCUGCUGAGCAUGGUUGUGUGCACUUAACUGUAUUUCUUUUCCGAUUGCUGUGCUGUUUUUAAAAGAAAUACGUGGUAAUUUUUUCCUCUGAUAUCAAGUCCUUCAUUUUGUAACGUUUCUGUUUUCCUAAAGCUCUCUUUCCUACCUUAGAGAACGUUGCUCACGUGGUUUAUUUUUCAAUAAAGUUUGUAGGAGAACAACACC